GUCCAUUUAUACCACUUGUUUCUGUCUUGCACCUGUUUGCCUGAAGCCAGUCUAACACUAUUAUUUGCCUGCAUCAAUACAACAUGUUCUGUGGCCUCUUUCUCCUUUUCUUCUUGAAUGGAAGUACAGGUAAGGAACUCUUUAUUGAAAAAUGUUCUGAUAGAAAUAUACUGUAACCCCUAUUUAUGUUUGUUUUUUUUUUACUGUCAGGAUUCACAAUCGGUCCUUUUGCAUCGACUGCCGAAGGAGUGUCUACAGGCCGAAUGACAACAGAGGGUAACUCUCUCUCAUCACUUUUUAUUUGUACUAGUUGACUGAAACUUAAACUCAUCGGCUGGCUCACAGAGAAGUUUGAGGGUCUCAAAGUCUUUAUAGCUGCCUUUCUCUUAACACCUUGACUACCUGUUCCAAAUUUAGUCCAAGUCUGUUCUCAUGCUGCCUCUACCUGGAUCCAUCAGCAGACUUUGCUCUUACUAAAAUAAAACUACCAGUGUUGUAGAAGCUGCAUGCAUCACUGAUACCUUGUGUGUCACUGUUACAUCCAUUUCAGAAAUGCUGUCUUCUUUAAAGCUGGUGGCCACACCAGACUACCCAGUCAUGGAGGGUCAAACAGUCCACCUUCGAUGUAGCGCUUCUUCUUCUCCAAAGUCUGUCGAUUGGUCCUGGCAAUACAUGAUGAAAAACCAAACUUGGCAGAAAGUGGGCAGUGAAAUGGAUCUGACCCUCAGCAAACCAGAGCAGACAGGAGUCUAUCGCUGCCAUGCCAGGAGCCCGUCAGGUCCAUGGAAGGAGAGCCCGAACCAUACAGUCUCUAUAAUCGCUGCUCAUCUAACAGGUUGGUUGCCUCAGAUAAGCUGCUGCAGUCAUGACCCAAAAGAAUCAUGCGAGACCUUAAGUGCUUUACAAAGCACAUUUACUUUUUAUUCUUGAUUAUUUUUGAUGGCAAAAUAUACUGUAAGCUGUAGCAAAAUAACCCCAUAGGAUAUGUACACAUUGAAUUAUUGAUUACCAAUACUCAACCCUCUCUAGAACACUAGCCGAGUGAUUUAGUGACCAUUGUAACAAAGGACUUCUUUCACCCAGUCUGUACUUCCCCUCAGCUUCACAAAGUUUUAUUUUGUAUUUCAGUUCACUUUUAUCUGCCACAACUUCUGUUUUAGUUUAUUCCCAUCUCUUUUGAGUCUUGAUACUUUUGGUUGCAGCCAGUAAUUACAGUAAGACCCUAAAAAGCACUGCCGUUUGUUUUUUUGUUUUUUUUGUUUUUUUUUGUCAGGUAGGGCAGAGAAGUCAUUAUUUUGUCCAUAAUAUUUCACAAUAUGAAGUGGCUACAGUCCCAAACUGCAGUGGACUUGCUGUAAUCAGAUCAAAUUGCCGAUAGAAAUCCAGUUACUUUGAUGUGGGUUUGUUUUUUGGUUGGAAAAGAAGGAAAAGAAAUGAAUGAUGAGACAGAAAAACUCACUUUACCACCAGUUUCAUGUGAGUUCUCAAACUACAAGAAUAUCAGAUGAUUAUAAAGUGGAAAAAUGUCAUCAUUUUUAAAUCAAUAUUUAGCUUUGUGUAUAGGAACCACUUUUUUUAAAAGAAUUUAUGACCAAGUUAAAUGAGGAAUUAUGUACAGUAAGCAUACUGAUAAAAAUACUGACAUAGUGAGACAGAACCUCAAUGCAAAUCAGCCCUUACCGUACAAUAUCAAUGUCUUUAUUUAGAUACCAACUAAAGACUUCAGCAAGACACACAUAAUUAGUUUGAAGAUGUUUUUAAUGAUUCAAAAGUUAUUUAUUUAUUUUAUACAGUGAAAAAGUAGUCUUUAUGAUUGGCUUGGGCCUUUUCCUUUGAUGUUCCCAUGGCAGCUGAUCAACCUUCUUGCAAAAGGAGUAAACAUUUAACCUGACAUUUAGGUUUCACAUGGCUGCCACUGUUACCUGCUUAUGGUUUUGGUUACUGAGACGGGAUAUCUCCACAGGUGGAUUUUGAUACGACAGGUUAUCACUGGCAUUAUGUUUGCUGAAUCAGUUACAGUUGUUAUGAGGGUUUUACCAACAAGAAUCCAGUAAACACCAGCAAUACAUCCACUAGAAACUAAUAUGGCUGUGUAUCUGUAAACCCCCGACAGUUGGCGAGAAUUUGGGAAUCGCGGCCUUCGCUUUUGUGCUCCUGCUCUUGAUCAUUAACCUCGCUGUUCUUUCUUGGAUGGGCUGGCAAAAGUUUGCUGAUAAACCAAACAACUCCAUCACCCCAGCUAAAGGUAAACAUCACCAUGGAUCGUUCUCUGUCAGGUCUACUUUUUAGCCUGUUUUAUGUAAAUAAUUUGAUUUCUUGGGUCUUCUUCUUCUUAAAGGUAUUCCUGGACCUGAGAAGUCACCAAAGUAAGUCUCUACAAGGACAAAAAUAUUCUUGUUUUUACUUUGUUAACCCCAAACUAGCUGAGUCAGAGGGUACUAUACAUUAACAAUAUUGUGAUAUUUUUCUGCUCACAGGAGAGGUUUGCAACAGACUGACACUGAUGGGGAUGUAUACAUGAAUUACUCAAGCACCAACCAAGCCUACAGUGAUCUGGACCCCGCCAGUAUGAAUAAUGACAACGUGUAUUCAAGUCUGUCAUAAAUGUCUGGGUGAAGGUGGAGAUGUGCAACAGGAAUUAAAAUAGAUAUCAAGUCAGGAAAUGUCUCUGUAGAGCUCAGCGUUUGCUUUAGCCGGAUUUAUGAAGUUACUUUGAAAUAGCUAUGUGCACUGAUUGAAUCUAAUUUCUUACAGUUUAAUUGACACAGUUUGAACCAGCAGAAAAAAGUCUAAGUUACAAAGUGUCACUCCAGACAGCAAUAAACUUUUCUUAUUGUUAAUAAAAACUAUUACCCUCCCUUUUUGUUUGUAUCAGAUCACAUGGGUUAAAGAAAUCGAGCAGAAAAAAGCGUUUAAAAAAAGACGUUUUAUUUUACUUUAUACAAAAAAGACACUAUAAACAUCAUAGUAUAAAAUUUAAGAUGACACUCACAAAAUGUUUUAUUAAAAAUGCAACAAAAGUCUUUUGAAAGAUUGUAAAAGUGAAAGAAAAACAUACUUCAGUACACAUGCCACAGAAAGUUGAUCAACAAAACUGUUUGGGUUUCUUUUAAGUUACAAUGAAUCAUGGGACUUCUGCUCAGAUGUGUGUCACAAUGUUGUACACCAGAGGGGAAACGCAGCUCAAACUUUAUGACCUCUGUUCCUAGCUUUCACAAUACCGGAUAUAACUUGUCUAUGCAAAAGCUAAUAAAAAAAGUGACUUAUCUGAAA